CUUGUAUGCUUGUUAUGGUUGUAGCAAUGACCAUAGCCAUUGUUUUUUUCCUGCUUAGCUGUGAGGUUCCCCAUCAGAUCUUAAUAUCAAAAAAAUGAAUUUCUCUUUUUUUCCUUGUUUCAAGGCUUGUACCUUUUAUUUUGUUUCUAAAAUAUCUUACACAUAUUUGAAGGUGAGAGCUUGGUAGAAAACUUUCAUGUGGUAAAGCUCCUCUGCUUUUAUGUUGACCUUCAAAUGUGCUAAAACUGAUUUUUUUUUUUCAGGUUUACUCUAUGGUUGCUUUGUUGGUCCAAUUUAAAAACGUUAUUUUAACUCUGAUUCAGGUCAUGAAUACCUGGAUGAGAGACAUGAAGUUCUUUGGAUGGAGGAGCGCUGUUCUUCUCAUCUUCACUGUGCCAGCCCUCAUAAUUAUCUACAACAUGAAAAUAUCAACAACGCUCAGGAACAAGAAGAGCCACGACCAGAAAGAGAGAAAGCUGAAUUUCACCGUCUGCAUCUCCACUCUCUUUGGAAAUUACAACAAUGUGCUUCAGGUUGCACAGAGUCUACAGAUGUACAGGUUGCUCGGUGUGGAGAGAGUGAUGAUCUAUAAGACCAGCUGUGGUCCAGAACUGGAACGUCUGUUACAAAGUUACAUCCAGGAAGGUUUUGUUGAAAUGGUUCCAUGGCCCAUAGACAAAUACCUGAAUCCGUCUUGGGGCUGGAGAUUCGAAAAAGAUGGAGGAGACUUGCAUUACUUUGGACAAAUCGUCACUCUUAAUGAAUGCAUCUAUCGGUCCAUGGAGCGUUCACACUACAUCCUGUUGAAUGAUAUAGAUGAGAUCAUAAUGCCGUAUAAACAUGACAGCCUGGUCUCUAUGAUGAACAUGCUGGAAUCAAAACAUUCAAAGGUUGGAGAGUUCCUUUUUGAGAGCCACAUCUUUCCAAAAACGCACUUUGAUAAAAGUCGGAGAUUUCAUCUUCCGCAGUGGGAGAAGGUUCCAGGCAGUAACAUUCUAGAGCACAUCUACAGAGAAGAACCUGAUAGAAGGAAAUACCUUCUGCAGAAGAUGAUUGUUAAGCCAAGGUUUGUAGAGCAGACUUCGGUUCAUGAAGUGUUAAAGAAUUUUGGACGACGGUUCUACGUACCUCCGGCGAUCUGCCACGUCAUUCACGUUCGUGUUCCGCUGCAUAAAUCAGUAGAGCUGAAGGAUCUUCAUGAAGACAAACGACUGUGGCACUUCCAGGAAAAACUGAUUCCCAAUGUGGACAAAGUUCUGCAGAGAGCAGGACUGAUAAACUGAAUGUUAACAACCAUGUUGGAAAAAGUCUGGAGGGAUUUUUGCUGUUUGUUAAAUAUUUGUUAAAAUUAUUCUAUUUUCUAAAUGAAAGAAGCUUAGAGGGAUGUGGAUUCAUUAAAAGGUUUUCAGUCUUAUAAGUGGAGGGAUACAAAUUCACAAUAAUUUUAAUAAA